UAAUAAUGGCGAGCUGCAAGUUCACCCCGUCCACCGACUCUUUUUUUUCGUGCUUCCCACGCCGAAACCCGCCUCUCUGCUGAUUGUAAAGCUAUCCAUAUCUGUUUUCUGACUUCAAGACUACUUCCUGGAGCCGCAUUGGCGGAUUUACAUCUCCUUUCCUUCCGUCUCCCGGUCGUCAUCACGUCAUCGAGUAACUCUGGCCGCCUGUUUCUACAUCGUCACAAUGUCCGCUCAGUAUUGAAAAGGAUCACACAUCGGGAUGCACUCUUCCCACGUAAAUCCGUACGUGACCCGAAGACCGGCCAUACUAGGCCUGGCCAAGGUGCUUCUGAUUGCGAUUGCCCAACUACCGAUUAUCACUGCUGCUCCGACACCGUUCUCCGGGAUCCUGUCGAAGCGAGAGGAAGACGCAAAACCAUCCGACGACCCAGAAUUAUGGUUGUAUCUGGUGGUCGCAGCAGCGCUAGUCCUUGCAGGCGGAGCGUUUGCUGGUCUGACUAUUGCGUUGAUGGGCCAGGAUGAGAUCUAUCUUCAGGUCAUCAAGACAUCCGGAGAAGGGACAGAAAAGAAGAAUGCGGCCAGCGUCCUGAGAUUGUUGCAGAAGGGGAAGCAUUGGGUGCUGGUGACGCUACUCCUUAGCAACGUCAUCACCAACGAAACUCUCCCCAUCAUUCUCGACCGAUCCUUAGGAGGCGGAUGGCCCGCUGUGGUGGGCAGUACGGUUCUGAUUGUCAUCUUCGGCGAGAUUGUCCCUCAGUCAAUAUGCGUUCGAUACGGCCUCCCCAUCGGCGCUUGGAUGGCCCCAUGUGUCCUGAUUCUGAUGUAUAUAAUGUCGCCUGUUGCAUGGCCUGUCGCAAAACUGCUCGACUACCUGCUCGGGAAGGACCACGGAACCAUCUACAAGAAGGCCGGCCUGAAGACGCUGGUGACUUUGCACAAGACCUUGGGAAAGGCUGGCGAACAGCUCAACUCAGACGAAGUCACCAUCAUUAGUGCCGUUCUUGAUUUGAAAGACAAGUCAGUCGGGAGCAUCAUGACUCCUAUGGAGGAUGUUUUUACCAUGUCGGCGGAUGCUGUGCUGGACGAACCGACGAUGGACCUGAUUCUCUCCCAAGGAUAUUCUCGGAUUCCCAUACAUGCCCCGGAUAAUCCGCAGAACUUUGUGGGUAUGCUGCUGGUCAAGAUGCUUAUCACCUACGAUCCCGAGGAUUGCAAGAUGGUGCGCGAUUUCGCGCUGGCAACCCUCCCCGAGACUCGAGCCGAAACCAGUUGCCUGGACAUUGUCAACUUCUUCCAGGAGGGUAAGUCGCACAUGGUCUUGGUGUCGGAAUACCCAGGAGAGGAUCAUGGAGCCCUUGGGGUGGUUACCUUGGAAGACGUGAUCGAGGAGCUUAUUGGAGAGGAGAUCAUCGAUGAAUCUGAUGUCUUCAUAGAUGUCCAUAAGGCGAUCAGACGUUUGAACCCAGCUCCGAAAUCGCGGGUGCCGAAAGGUCGCAUUGUGGAGGAACUCCCGUCACAGCAGGAACAAAACCUGAUCGAUUUAGGCGACAAGCAAGGGAAACCCUUGCCGAAAGACACCGAAAACGGGACUCCAGACCUCCCACGGCGUUCCAGUUCCGUGGAGGCACCGCAGCCGCGGUUUCUUAUUAGAAGACAGACCGGGGAUGCCACACAUGAGACUGUUGCAAAGGUUGGCACGACAGACGAGAUCAGGCAGCACCUCAAACACCUAGGGCCUUCCAAUCUGGCGAGUAAUCCUCGCCAGACUCGCUACCAGAGUGUGAAGAUUAAGCCCGGUGCGUCUCCAACGCGAUCUGGAGAUUCUGCCCGACGUAUGUCGGACGAUCAGCCGAAGGCGCCAGCGUCCGUUCAAUAUCAAGGGGGGUCAAGUGCUGGAAUCAUCCAAUCAGCGGGAAUGGAUGCAAAAGAUGGUGUUCGGGCGCUCAAAUCCGGAUAUGGUACUAUGACAGAUCUUCCGCGGGGCUCCAAUGGCGCAAUCAGCCAGGUUUCCAACGGUUCCCAGAGUGGUUACGUUAGAUCCGCUCCAAAUAUCAACAUCCCCGAAGUUGUAGAAGAGGUUGAUGGAGAUGAUUCACGUGGUUCUCAGAACAGUAGACCUGUGAGCUCUGGAUCUGGCCCUUCCUCCGACCAACUCCGACCCAAUUAUCAGUGCCAUGGCCCUGCCAGGAGUGGCAGCAUUACAGAACAAGUUGUCGAUGUCAACGGCAUUAAGAAGGUCAUUCUUCAAACCAACAGCGAUGCUUUUUCUGAUACCGAAAGACCACACGAAACGCAUAGUGGCCCGAACGGAAACAGAACGAACAGCCAUAGAGAACCAGACGAGUCCGAUGGCGCUUCCCAUGUGUCGGGACAAACGGUCUCGAAGAAGCGUCGCCGUAGAAAGAAGCGCAACACACAAUCCAAGCAUUCUGGUGAUGGAGAACGGCAGCCGCUCUUAGACCAAUAACCUGAGCAUAUUGGCUUUCCAUGAGUGGGGGACUGUACGUUAAGCUGUUUCAGCCUUGAUUCUUGAAAGUAAUCUGUUGUUGCCCGACGUUAAGGAUAUACCUGUCACAGGGCAUGUAUACUUCUUCUACCGUGAUGUAUCCUGUUUAGCAUGACAUCCUCAUUGUGCUUUUUCAUUCUUACAUUCGCUCCGUAGCGGGGUUCGCCGUGGGACAAGCUUGCUGCUCAAAUCUUUCCCUUCAUAUGUAGGAUAUCCCAUUGGCGUUGUAUCAUUCCGCAAAAUUAUGCAUAGAAUAGACACAGCUUACAGCGUCAAACCAUUUUUACCAUUCAUGAACCGAU